GCGGAGCUGACAGCGCGGAGCUGGCGCUGCGGAGCGCAGGCAGCCUUGCCGGUUCCUAGUGCCGGCGUCUGCGCGUCCCGCGGCGGCUGACCCGCCUGGGCUCGAGGCUUCACACAGACGGGGAGCGAUGCUGGUGACUCUGCGGCUCCUCAAAGGCCCCUAGAAGCCUGUUCUCAGCGCAGCCCAGGACCUCCGGCCCCAUGGAGCCCCCGAUCCCACAGAGCGUCCCCUUGACUCCCAGCUCGGUCAUGGUCCAGCCCCUUCUCGACGGCCGGGUGCCCCACGGCAGGCUCCAGCACCCACUCACCAUCCUCCCCAUCGACCAGAUGAAGGCCAGCCAUGCGGAGAACGACUACAUAGACAACCCCGGCCUGGCGCCCCCCUCUGGCCCUAAGCGGACCCGGGCCGGGGCCCCAGAGCUGGCCCCAACGCCCGUCCGCUGCGACCAGGAUGUCACCCACCACUGGAUCUCCUUCAGCGGGCGCCCCAGCUCCGUCAGCAGCAGCAGCAGCACCUCCUCCGACCAGCGGCUUUUGGACCACAUGGCCCCGCCGCCCGUGGCCGACCAGGCCUCACCUAGGGCAGUGCGCGUCCAGCCCAAGGUGGUCCACUGCAAGCCGCUGGACCUCAAGGGCCCGGCAGUGCCCCUGGAGCUGGACAAACACUUCUUGCUGUGCGAGGCGUGCGGGAAGUGCAAGUGCAAGGAGUGCGCCUCCCCGCGAACGUUGCCCUCCUGCUGGGUCUGUAACCAGGAGUGCCUGUGCUCCGCGCAGACCCUGGUCAACUACGGCACGUGCAUGUGCCUGGUGCAGGGCGUCUUCUACCACUGCACCAAUGAGGACGAUGAGGGCUCCUGCGCGGACCACCCCUGCUCCUGCUCACGCUCAAACUGCUGUGCCCGCUGGUCCUUCAUGGGCGCCCUCUCCCUGGUGCUGCCCUGCCUGCUCUGCUACCUGCCCGCCACAGGCUGCGUGAAGCUGGCCCAGCGUGGCUACGACCGCCUGCGCCGCCCAGGUUGCCGCUGCAAGCACACGAACAGCGUCAUCUGCAAGGCGGCUCCCGGGGACGCCAAGGCCAGCAGACCUGACAAGCCUUUCUGACACUUCGGGCCCAGGCCCCAGCGCUCCUGCUUGGGAAGUUGUGUCCCUCCUGGCGGCCUCCCGAGGCUGACCUUGCGGAUCUGAUCUGAUGCACCCAGCCCUCCUCAGUCCCCCAGAAGGAAGCAGCAGCAGCACCUUGGGGUUUCUGCAGGGUCCUGAACUUGGCAUCAGACGGACGGUGGUGGGCACAGGGUGUGCUUUGGGAGGAUCUUUGUUUUAGAGGAUGGAGCAUACACGCGGACACAGCUCCGGAAGUCGCAGCUGCCUCAAUGCCUUCCCAGCGUCCUCCUUCCUGCUAUUUUGGGAGGAGCUGGCUGCCUGGGAGGAUUUGUUUGCUGAGGACCAGGUACCUCGGAGGAAGAUCCUAGGAGUCCUGACUUCUGUACCUUCUUCCCCUCCUCACUCCGUGCCCAUCUGCCCCAGCGACUCGGGGAAGGCAGAGAACGCCCUAGCAAACCCUGUUGUACAUAUGCGGGAGCCCGCAGCGAGAAGCCGGGACAGCGGGGGAGCCCCAGCCGGGUCCUCCUCUUGCCCCUGGAGCUGCCGGCUGGAUCGAGGAGCCGCUGCGCCGUGCGCGUCUCCCCUCCAGCUUCACCCCUUGCUCCUGGGGACCUCGGCUCAUCUCGCCGUCCUUCGGGUCCUACCGAGUCACAGACCUGCCUGCCUGCUGCGGGUCCCAAGUUCUCUACUCAGAUCCUUACCAAACCUUCGCUGGUAGAGAAGGCCGGGGCAGCAAGUGCGAGACCAAAUACCAUUUUGCCAAUGAGUCUGAUGAGGCUGAGGUCCCUGGACCCAGUCACAAUGUUUUUGUAGAAUUAUUGAACCCGAUGCUGACUGGUGUUUUAAAAAAAUAAUAAUAAACAACUUGCUUCCUUUUGGGCCACCCCCACGAAGGGCUGAUUUCACAAUCUGGGGGGCGAGCAGCCUCAAGGAACACAAUCCCCCUGCCCACCAAAAAGAGGAUUGGAACAUCAGAGAGGAGAGGCGGCACCUCCUGUGGGCACAAGUGCAGUGGAGCCGAGCUGGGUCUGGGUUUCCUCUCUCCUGACUUCUGCUGCUUGCUCUCAUAGCCUUUUGUGUAGAGUGACGUGUUUGUAUCUUUCCUGUAAAUAGAGAGCUGGUGAACCAGGAGUCCGUCUUAGUGUUAGGUGGCCGCAGUAGGGCCGAGGUCCUGCUCUUGUGCACAGCCACACCACCGCCGCCACCACUGGCAGCCCCCCAGAGACGUGGCAGCUCCUGGUCACGGUGCUAAAGGACUCGGGUGCAGUGUGUCCAGUGGGUACGGACUUGUUGCAUGUAAACGCUGUGGUGUGUCUGGUCCUUGACCUGGCUGUUGCGUGUGUGGGGGGGGUUGCUUUGUGUGGUAUUUUGUCCCCCCUCCAAGAUGAGAGGAGGUGGCCUGGCUCCGAAGAGCUACCCCAGGUAAGGUUGGAUGCGCGGUAGGCAGAGUUGCCAUCACAUCUCCAGUACAGGAACAGUACCUGCCUCUACGAAGGAGGCAGGUGGCUGGGAUGGGGGUGUCCCUAAAGCUUUCCAAUGACUUCAUUCUUCCCCUUCUGGAGACUAGUAGUAACAUCUUACGAUUGCAGCUUCGUUAAUUAUAACCGUAGGUAUUUAUUGAGCGCAGGAAGGAAGGCUCGGUAUUUUUUCAGCUUUAUUUAUGUAACACUUGCUAGCUUGUACAAGGCGAGUAUAGAAUACUGUAUCUGCAUUCUCUGAGACCGACUGUUGGAGCUGCCCUUCCCACCGUUGCCGAUGGCUGCAUGGGUGAUGUUGCACAAUGGGAGGGGAUGGGAGGAAGCAAGCAAGCGCGUUCAGCUAACCACAUAUCCUAACUGAAGGGGGUGGCGGCAUGCGGGGGUGGUCUCCGACCCUCUGCCCUCCAGGUCUCUGCCUUUUUCUUCCCAGAGCCCCUCCCUCGGUCUCCAUGGGGAAACUGGACCCAGUGACAGGUUGCACUUUGGUGAGCUUGGUGGUCCCCACACAUGUUCUGUGGACAACUGACAUGAGCUGUGUGUGCACGUGCACACACAUGCAUGCAUGCCCGCACUGGCAGUUUCCUGGCAAGUAGCCCUCUGACUUUUUGUGUACAUAGAUGUAAACACGAAUUUUUGUGGGUUUUGGUUUGCUCUGUUGUCCUUCCCCUGUGCUAGCUUGUGUGUAUCCUGCCAGGUGGGUGUCGUGGAAGUUGCCCUAGGAGUCCACAUGAGCCCCGCGUGCUCCUGGUCAAGGCCUGGAGGGGAGGAAGUGCCCUCUGCUCUCCCAGUUCCAUUGUGUAGCAACCCUGCAGCACUGCUUUUCUCUGGCUUCUUGGCACAACCAGAAGGAAAAAGCUGGCUUGCCCUGGACCAAUCCCACCCACACACACACAUCCCCAAGCCAGUCAAGGGCCAGUGGGGGACCGCAUGCUCGGAAACGGUGCGCUGCUGCGGCUGCUUCUGGCUGACGGUUUCCCUCACCGACGGCUGCACUGCACCUCUUCUGCAGAAGGGCCAGCUGGUCCCCGCUCUUCUUAACCGUGGGGUGGGCGCUCGUUCUGCCUGGAAUAGGGCUUAGGGGACUUGGCUGGGUCUGGGGCACUUAUGCAGGGUCUCAGCUGCCCUCUCUGAUGGGAGGGUGGGUUUGUGAAGGCCAGGCCCUUAGAGGGGUCUCUGGGAGACAGAAGACCCUGAGAGGUGCACGUGGUCCUUUGACUGUCGAGUCUGCCAAGGAAGGGCUGGCUAGAUGAUGAUGACUGCUCCCAGGCUGGACACAGGAACAAGGUUGGUGGGGGAGCAGAAGCCCAGUGACUGUCACCUUGCAGCCUGCUGGCCUCCCUGUGCUGCCCCCAGGGCAUGUCUGGUGGGAUGGGGCAGUUUCCUAGGGCAUCCCGCCAGCCUGAGGCUCAUGCCUUGGGUAACAUUUUCCCACCCUGUGCUUACUGUGACAGUCGGUGACAAGUUGUGCGUUGUCUUCUCUUGCUUUCUCCCCUCGCGGUCCCACAGUCCAGUUUCAUGUAAAACACAGAAGAGCUGUUGCUGGCUCCCAUGCCGCCACGUCCCUGCUUUGUUGCCCCUUCUCGCCCCACUACGAAAGUCACCACAGAAGGUUUCCUUUGUAUAGAAUAUUUAUUUUGAAGCUCUAUUUUAAUAGUAUUUAUUUUAGAAAGUCUACUAUUGUAAGAGUUCUUCUGUUUGUGAAGAAAAAAAACAAGUUAAAAACUGAAUGUACUGAUCUAGAAAAUAUCUAUAAAUAUAUAUUGUUAAAUAUACACAGGACUGCUGUU